UGCUCACUGCUUCUCCAGGUGGGUAACUACUAUAUAACAGAGGAUGUAUUUGUGUGUGUCUCAGUCUGUGUUUGGUGAUGAUUUUCAUCUUCAAACUAAUUCAUAUUUGUCACUUUGACUUUAGUACGAGUACGUCUGGAUGGCAGGUUUCUCUGGGCCGUCAGAACCUGCAGGGCACAAACCCAAAUGAAGUGUCCAGAACUGUUGCCAGAAUCAUUUUACAUCCAAACUAUGACAGCGACAGCAGCGACAACGACAUUGCUCUGCUCAGAUUCUCCUCACCAGUCAUGUUCACAGACUACAUCAGACCUGUGUGUCUGGCAGCCAGUGACAGUGUGUUCAACAACGGUACUGACAGCUGGGUCACUGGCUGGGGCGCAGUCAACGAGGGAGUGUCUUUACCGUUCCCUCAAACUCUACAAGAGGUGGAGGUGCCAGUUCUGGGAAACAGACAGUGUAACUGUCUCAAUGGAGUCGGUACAGUCACAGACAACAUGAUCUGUGCUGGUGUUCUGGCAGGAGGCAAAGACUCAUGUCAGGGUGACUCAGGAGGUCCAAUGGUGAGCAAACAGGGCUCCGUGUGGGUCCAGUCUGGAAUAGUCAGUUUUGGUUUUGGCUGUGCUCGUCCCAAUCUGCCAGGAGUCUACUCCAGAGUGUCCCGCUACCAGUCCUGGAUCAACUCCUUCAUCAGCUCUGAUAAGCCAGGCUUUGUCCAGUUCAGCUCCAGUGGGCCGGACGCUGACAGCAGCUACACCUGUCCUGGUCUCCCACCUCCUCUCAUUACUACUACUACUACUGCAGGACCAGCUACACCCACAGAUUCACCAUCCACUGUAUCAAUGUGUGGCAUCACUCCCAUGAACACCAGGAUAGUUGGAGGUGAAGAUGCUCCACCUGGAAGUUGGCCCUGGCAGGUCAGUCUGCAGAGGUUUGGCGGCCAUGUUUGUGGCGGUUCCCUCAUCAACAGAGAGUGGGUGGUUUCUGCUGCUCACUGCUUCUUCAGUACAAGUACGUCUGGAUGGCAGGUUUCUCUGGGCCGUCAGAACCUGCAGGGCACAAACCCAAAUGAAGUGUCCAGAACUGUUGCCAGAAUCAUUUUACAUCCAAACUAUGACAGUGACAGCAGCGACAACGACAUUGCUCUGCUCAGACUCUCCUCACCAGUCAUGUUCACAGACUACAUCAGACCUGUGUGUCUGGCAGCCAGUGACAGUGUGUUCAACAACGGUACUGACAGCUGGGUCACUGGCUGGGGCGCAGUCAACGAGGGAGUGUCUUUACCGUUCCCUCAAACUCUACAAGAGGUGGAGGUGCCAGUUCUGGGAAACAGACAGUGUAACUGUCUCAAUGGAGUCGGCACAGUCACAGACAACAUGAUCUGUGCUGGUGUUCUGGCAGGAGGCAAAGACUCAUGUCAGGGUGACUCAGGAGGUCCAAUGGUGAGCAAACAGGGCUCCGUGUGGGUCCAGUCUGGAAUAGUCAGUUUUGGUUUUGGCUGUGCUCGUCCCAAUCUGCCAGGAGUCUACUCCAGAGUGUCCCGCUACCAGUCCUGGAUCAACUCCUUCAUCAGCUCUGAUAAGCCAGGCUUUGUCCAGUUCAGCUCCAGUGGGCCGGACGCUGACAGCAGCUACACCUGUCCUGGUCUCCCACCUCCUCUCAUUACUACUACUACUACUACUGCAGGACCAGCUACACCCACAGAUUCACCAUCCACUGUAUCAAGUGCUGAAUGUAAGUAUCCUGACUAG